AAAUGGUGACGUCACAAUAAGAGCAAGCAGCAUGUUCCUGCUGGGGUUCAGUCUGCUGUACAGUCUGGAUUUUUGAAGACAACAUAAAGCUCAAGAUGCUGAUCUGCUCUUCCUGUCUGAGAUUCAAGUGUUGCAUGAUAUUUCUGCUCUGCACUUGGCUAAGGACCAGGCUCCUGAUCUCUUCUCCCUGGAGCUUGCCGGUAUGGAGGAACUCUCCCGGCGCUACGGCACAGAUUCCCCUCAGUUCAAGGACGCUCGUGAGAUUCUGGUUGCCGCACUGCAGAAGUUUGCUGAUGACGUCUACGGCGUUUAUGGCAGCAAUGCAGUGGUGGAGGUGGUGACGGUGAAGACGUUCGAGACGCCGCUGAGCAGGAAGACGCGCUCCAUCCUGGAGGCUAAGCAGAUGAGUAACCCAGGAAGCCCCUACAAUCUGGCCUACAAGUACAACUUCGAGUACGCCGUAGUGUUUAACAUCGUGCUGUGGCUCAUGAUCCUGUUGGCUCUCGCCGUCAUCGUCAUCUCCUACAACCUGUGGAACAUGGACCCAGGCUACGACAGCAUCAUCUACAGGAUGACCAAUCAGAAGAUCCGCAUGGAUUAACCGUGCAUUCCGACGCAUUGUUACUGUUGUCUGCUGCGUGUGUGUGUGUGUGUGUGUGUGUGUGUGUGUGUGUGUGUGUGUGCAGGUUUCUCAAUUCCAUACAUUCAGAGUUUGUGUAUAUAGCUCAAAAAUGUUGCUUUGUGAAUAUGUAGCAAGGAUGAUGAAUAUUUAUUGAUGCUUGUUGUUUUGUCGGAAAAUCGAAGCGAAUAUAUAUGUAUAUAAACUGUGGGUGAACGAACGAACGGGAACCUGUGUGUUUAUCGGCGAGCGAGUGCGAAAUCGUCACGUUAGUGUUGUGAUCACGUGCGGUGCUGUGUGUCAUGAUCCUGAUUGAGCUUCAUGUUGAAUCAUCUGUAUUUAUUGUGGUUUUUGUUUUGUUUUUAUUCCUAAUGCACUGGAUCCUAAUAUCUGGUACUGAUGUGUAAGGGUGGGGCGACGUACAAGUGUUGUAAAUUUCACAGAGGUGUUACGGAGUAAUGGAGUAAUGACAUUCUACAUAGUUUCUUUCAUCCUCUUGUGUGUUCACCUGAAACUCGUUUUCUGCCGUCCAUCGUACCAUUGAACGUUAGCUGAAAAAAGUGAGAAAUGAGAAAUGUGAAAGAGGACGUCGUCUCUGUGCAGUUCGCUUAUUACUUAAUAAAGUCUUCAGUCACAGUCA